GCGCAAAGAUGGUACCAUUCGCUCGCCCCACAUUCGGUCGCUAGGUGGUCACAAUUGAAGUCGAUGUUCCGAACACACUUUAUAAGAUCCCAAGCAUGCCGAAUUCCUAAAGAAUGGAUCAUUCAUAUUGUCCAAGGAGCGGACGAAAACUUGAAGGAUUAUAUCACUCGUUUCAACGAACGGGUACAAAACAUGGAACCGUGCCAUCAAGAGUCCCUGCUCGUUUCAACAUAUUCAGGAUUGAGACCAAAUUCGAUGUUCAAAUGGACCCUUUGCCAAAACAAGCCCCAGACGUACCACGAAUUCCUGAUGAAGGCUCAACAGCAUAUCAUGGCGGAAGAAAACAUGUCCGUCCCGUCAUUUCCAGCCCUGAACGAACCACCUACCAAAGCGAAGGAAUCUCGACCGAACAAGGAGUUCACGAAGGACGGAAGAAGUGCUCAAUUCCGAGCGAUGCAGAGGAAACAUCACGAGGAACUCACGAACAGCUACCAGGGAGUGUAUUCGGCCGGUGCGGCCGUAGUGUACGAAGAGCUGAAAAACAAGGGGAUCAUCCCAGACCCUAAACCGAUCAGGGCCGACGAGGAGAAUUUAGACAAAAGCCGAUAUUGCGCUUACCAGAAAUCGCACGACCACAAUACUGACCAGUUUCGGAAUUUGAUAUCUGCUCUGUUAAAACUAAUUGAUGAUCCGCAGUUAAGGAGGUUCACUAGGAUGGACGGAGGCAACCGGAGGCCAAGAAACGAUGAUCGAAUGAACCCAGGAGAUGAGCUCGACUUUGGAGCGAAUCCUCGGAGAACGAACGAACAUCCUAAUGAAAUCUUGACGAUCAAUCAGGAGCAACGAGGUGAGACAAGUGCAUCCGGGGGAAGGAAAAGGACAGCAUCCG